AUGCAGCCGGACCAGCAACAACACCAGCACCAGCAGCGGAGGAAGGGUUCAUCGGAGAUGGACUUCUUCAGUGAAUAUGGCGAUGCUAAUAGAUACAAAAUUCAGGAAGUCAUCGGUAAAGGGAGUUACGGUGUCGUCUGUUCAGCUAUUGACCAACAUACUGGCGACAAGGUGGCAAUCAAGAAAAUACACAAUAUCUUUGAGCAUUUAUCUGAUGCUGCUAGGAUCCUCCGUGAGAUCAAAUUACUCCGCCUAUUGAGACAUCCUGAUAUAGUUGAGAUCAGGCAUAUAAUGUUGCCUCCGUCAAGGAGGGAUUUCAAGGAUAUUUAUGUCGUCUUUGAGCUGAUGGAUACAGACCUCCACCAAGUCAUCAAGGCCAACGAUGACUUGACCAAAGAGCACCACCAGUUCUUUCUCUAUCAGAUGCUUCGUGCACUGAAAUAUAUUCAUACCGCUAAUGUUUAUCAUCGUGAUUUGAAGCCAAAGAAUAUAUUGGCAAAUGCAAACUGUAAACUCAAAAUAUGUGAUUUUGGGCUAGCACGAGUGGCAUUCAAUGACACUCCCACGACUGUAUUUUGGACGGAUUAUGUUGCUACUAGAUGGUAUAGGGCUCCUGAGCUUUGUGGAUCUUUCUUUACUAAGUAUUCACCAGCUAUUGACAUAUGGAGUAUUGGUUGCAUUUUUGCGGAGAUUUUAACUGGGAAACCUUUGUUUCCUGGUAAAAAUGUAGUUCACCAGUUGGAUUUAAUGACUGAUCUCUUGGGUACGCCAUCACUGGAUACUGUUUCCAGGAUCCGGAAUGAGAAGGCAAGGAGGUACUUGAGUAGUAUGAGGAAAAAACAACCGGUAUGUUUUUCUGAGAGGUUCCCCAAAGCAGAUCCUGCUGCAUUCAAACUUAUGCAGCGGCUUUUAGCAUUUGACCCCAAGGAUAGACCAACAGCAGAAGAGGCAUUAGCUGAUCCAUAUUUUAAAGGCCUUGGGAAGGUAGAGAGAGAACCAUCCUGCCAGCCAAUAUCGAAAUUUGAGUUUGAGUUUGAACGGAAAAAGGUGACAAAAGAGGACGUAAAGGAACUUAUAUUCCGCGAGAUAUUGGAGUAUCAUCCUCAACUUCUCAAGGAUUACAUGAAUGGAACUGAAAAAACGAACUUCCUAUAUCCUAGUGCUGUAGACAAUUUCCGGAGGCAAUUUGCUAACUUGGAGGAAAAUGGAGGGAAGGGAGGGGCAAUCGUUCCAUCGGACAGGAAGCAUGUUUCGCUCCCCAGGACUACUACAGUUCAUUCUACACCAAUUCCUCCAAAAGAUCAGAAGUCUUCCCAGGUUCCCCAAAGGAUUCCAACAGGUAGACCAGGAAGAGUGGUUGGCCCGGUAAUACCAUUUGAGAAUUCAUGUGCUAUGGAUCCUUACAGUCAACGAAGGGUGGCAAGGAAUCCAGUACUUCCUGCAGCUGCUACCAAUGUAUCAGCAUACGCAUACCACCGAAAGUCAGACAGUUCAGAGAGAGAGUUACAGCAGGAGCUUGAAAAAGACCGCAUGCAGUACCAACCGAUGCAGCGUUUCAUGGAUGCCAAGAUGGUCUCCCCUGACUUGAGGUCUACCUCCUAUUACAUGCCAAAGGGUGUCCCAAAAGCAGAUGUAGCAGAAAGGACUGGUUUGCAGCCAAACAUGAUGCAGGGAAUUGCCCCGUUUAAUGGCAUUGCUGCAGUUGGAGGUAGCUACAAUAAGGCCAGUGCUGUUCAGUAUGGAGUUUCAAGGAUGUACUAA